AUGUCCAAGCUUGAGAAGACAAUUGUUUCUAUAAUGGAGCUGUUUGAAGAGUACGCUGAAACCAGCAGUCAUAAACAGAUGAGCAAUACAGAGCUCAGUUCCCACAUAAUGAAAAAAUUAAGGAGCCAUGAGUUCCAGAGUAGAAUAGACCAAGAGGAUAUCUGUGAAGCCCUGAGAAAAAUAGACAGGGGCCAGGAUGGCCAGGUGAACUUCGAAGAAUUUAGUCAAUCUGUGGCCAUUCUUGCACAGGGAUAUGUCAAGGAUGUCAAGGGAAAAGACAAAGCUCACCACUGAAUUGUUCAUGUGCUUUUCUUUACACAUUACCUUGUCUUCAUGAAAUUAAAAGAAAAUGGUUUGAUCAGACAUUAGGGACUUGAAAUUAUUAACUUACUAUUUACAGAUAAUGGAACCACUGGGCUCAAGUCAGUUAUUUGACAUUAAGGACUGUUGUACAUUUGUUGUGACAGUCUUUAAGCCUGUGUUCUCUGGCUAGUUUCUUCAGCGGUCAA